GAAGGGCGGGGGGGAGAGAGAGAGAGAAUGCGCUCAUUGUUGAGUUAGCGCUCCAGCGUCGAGCGCACAAAGACUCGGGCGCGCUACAAUGCGCGCUUUUAUAGCGGCCUCGCCACUCCGCUUGCUCUCGACGUCAGGCGACGGAAGUUGCGACGGGGCCACUUCGCUCGAUUUGGCCACGGCAGAAGCGAAGUGAAGCAAAGCGCCACCACACCUCCCUCCCCGAUCACACCCCCUUCCCCCCAGCCCCCACCGCCGGAGUCUAAGUCCCCGUAAUCUUCGCGUGCUGCGCUCCUCCUCGGUCCGUACCGCCGACUUCGAGAGGGAGAGCGAGCGAGCGAGCAGAUCAUCAUCAUCAUUAACAGCAGCAGCAGCCAGCAAUGGCUCCAGGGACGGCGGCCGAGAAAUCGAAGCACGACUACCAAGGCGGAAAAGCUUUCGGGAAGUUGAAGGCGGCACAGGACGACCGACUGGAGGUCAUCAACAAGGAAUUCCUGGAAGAUGAAUUUUACCAAGAUGUGGACGACCUCGCCGAAAAGCUGGAGUCCUACAAAGAAAAAUUUCUCGACUUCGACUUGAACGACGAAGAAGAAAUUGACCUGAUGGCGCUGAAGAAGAUGCUGGAGCGCGUGGGCACGCCGCGCACGCACCUCGAGCUGAAGAAGAUCAUCGCCGAGGUGACGACGGGCAACAGCGACUGCAUCGGCUACCGCGACUUCCUGGCGCUGAUGCUGGGCAAGCGGUCGACCGUUCUCAAACUGAUCAUGCUGUUCGAGGGGAAGGGAUGCGGUGAAAAUUCCAAGCCGAGCGGUCCUCCUCCGAAGCGAGACUUGGCAAGCCUGCCCUAGAGCCCACCAUGGAUGCGCUCUGAGAUCGCUCUUCUGGGGGUGGUUUGGGGGGGGGGGGUUAGAUCGGGGAAAUAUAAAAUGUGUCGUUAACCCGCCACCAAGCCGACACACGGCCAAUUGGUGAGAUUUGUCACGUCGACAAAGCGUGCCGGUUAGUUACCACUUCGGCACAGCGGGCGUGUAAGCACUCACAACAGUUAAAGUUUGAGUACGACGUUUCGCUGGUGGGUUAUCACAACCAGCUUCAUCGGGCGAUUUGCCAGAAUUGCGAAUAAGUCUUCCUGUUUCGAGGUCUUAAAUAGAGGGGUGAAGGUGAUGCCUAUCAGCGGGGAGACUUUAAGCGUGCGAGCAGCCGACGCUGGCACGCCCCGUAAUAUUUGUCUCUGCAGUCACCCGUUACGCUCAUCGGGUUUUCUGUGCCCCAUUGCAACGCACCACACAACACGUGGCCGCGAUUGUUUUCAACGGCGGAAAAACAUUUCCUCCGCCAACAAGCGGUGAAUAAUGUUGUUAGCAGUCCCCUUCGAGCGCACAGGAAAUGCGUUAAAUCUAACGGGGAGAAAAGCUGGAGAAAAUAUCGCUGUUUUUUUUUAUGUGUUUUUUUUCAACCUUAGCUUCUUUCUAUAAAGCAUCAAUACUUAUUAUUUCCAUUAGUGAAAAGCAAUGUUAUAACGUAAUUAUAUUUUAACGAUGUAGUAAAUAUAUGAGUUCUGUGAUUACGGUAAGCUUGACGCUAUCGCCUAUUUUUACAUCAGCUGUUCUAAAAGAUUUCCACGGGACCAAUCCGUGGCAGCGUGGAGCACGUUUUGAUAUCCGCUCAGCAGAAUUUUUUUCGGCGGAGUUUUAAUUUGCCACACGUGCGGAGAGGCAUUUACACCGAUGCGACUACACCGCCGCUCUAAAGCAAGACGAAAAUUGUUCCUGUACAGGACUUUGGGCGAUUCCCCAGAUUUCUCAGGCGCUGGGUGAACGAUAAACGCGAGGCUUCAGCGCGUGUGCGUGAAAACGCUCGCGAAAGUCCGUGGUGAAGGUGAGCGACUGGACGCCUACAAUCCCAGGGGCUCUUGAGAUCAAACGCGGAGUCACCGAUACGCACAUCUGCUGUGGAGGCGCUGACCACGGGCAGUGGUGGGAAAUAUUGACAAUACGCACACUGUGUUGGGAUUCAGUCCUUGCUGGUAAUUGAUAUCCUUCCCAACAGUUCAGUCAGCAAACGGGCCAUGACCGGAGCAGGCCCUGCACCUACCCAGCAGUACUGUCGCGGUCAGCAGUGUACAUAGUUUUUGCUAUUAACAUGGUAUGGCAAGGCCCAACUAUGACAUGGAGUUCUAGGGUGGGUUCAGGUCACAUUUUCAAGAAAAAGUCGACACUAUGGAAAAAUCUAUAUUUUAAAAAAUGCGUUUUAGUUUUAUCGAUCGCGUGAAACAAUUACUCUUAAAGACUACUUUUAGAUGGUUUAGUGAUAUGAUAAGUAAAUUGUUUAUAAUAAGCCCGUACCGCUGUGACUGUUUGACCUCGAUUGUGUUCGUAGUGCUGUGUAAAUAAAGAAAGUAUUUAAUUAU